AUGAUAUGGAUCAGUCUGCAGUGGGAUUUAUUAAAAGGUUUAAUUCAGAAGAAAGAGGGGUAUCUAAACGUGCCUCCCAGAGCUCCAGUAGAAGAAGAGUUCAGACCAUGCGCUGAGAUGGGAGGAAAGAAAAUGAGAUCGAACAUAAUGAAAAGAGAAAGAAAAAAAAAGGAGAAUAAAGGAAAAGCGACUGAGAUGAACAGAAAAGGAAACAACCAUAAAUCAUCAGCGUGA